GAAUUUGUGUCUGCAGGUCCCCUCUCUCAUCCCUGUCCUGUUGUUCAAACUGUCAAAGGAAACAAAUCCAGAUUUGAUCCAUUCUGUGCUUAACAGCCUGCCAAACCUCGGCACCCAUAAGCUUUGUGUCCCCAUGGUGCUGCAGACUCUCCACAUGCUGGCUAGUUCACCCAAGCUGAGAGCUGUUGCAAUGCGCCUGAUGACUGUACUGUGGAAAAGACAGGACCGAGUCUACCCAGAACUGCAGGGCCUUCUGGGUCAGCAGGAUAUCAGAGUGGUGGUGGGUAAGGACACUCAGUGGGAGCAGAUGGUGGCUAGGGCCGCCUGCCUCAGGGAUAUCUGCAAAGAGAGGCCUUACCAGCAUGGAGGUGACAUGCUAGCUGCCAUCUCACUCACUUUGAAGCAGUGCAACAGACCAGACCUGGCAACCCCUGCUGCUCUCUCCUUGCAAGGCUUACAAGAGCUGUGCAAAGCAGAGGUAGUGGACAUCAUCUCGACAUGGAAAAGUCUUGGAGCUGAGCUGAAGUGUGACUCCCGUCCACUGAUGGUUAAAGCCAUAGCUGAGCUCCUGUCAUUGGUUCCCCAGCUCACUGUGAAGUCAGAGGAGUAUGAGAAACUGAAAGAGGAGGUGGUCAGCUUUCUCUGGAGUUAUGCUGCCAACCAGGAUCCAGAGGUAUCCAGCUGUGGCUACAAAGCUCUGGCAGCUUUUCCUGAAACAGACCACACCAUCCUGCACCUCCCUGAGGCAACUAGACCUGCUGUGAAGGUUUCUGAAAGUGAAGAUGACGCUGAGGGAGAAGAGAAAGAUCUCUCCAUCCCUGGACAAUCCUACAUGAAACUACUGGCUCUCACCUCCAACUCUGCUCUGCCAGCCUUUGAGACCUUCCUGACAUCGCUGGUGAAGCAUGAGAUGAGCCAGAUGCCACGAGGAGUGUAUUUCUCUGCUCUGAGAGGGGGUGGCCUGCGUUCAGACCAAGGAAAAACUGUAGCAGGGAUCCCAGCGUUCAUGCUCAAGACUUAUGAGAAAAAUAAGCAGCCUGGACUGAAGCCCGGACUAGCAGCUGGAUUGCUGCUCUGCUACGAGCUCCCUGUGCAGACGGACCGCAGUGGGAAGCCCAUCGACCGCUUCCUGGUUACCAGGAGCCGCAUCUACCAGCAGACCCUGACCGCCCUCAUUCACGAAGUGAACAUCCAGCUGUCAGAGUGGCACCGUGCUUUGCUGCUGCCCCAGGCCUGGAGGGCAUUCAUGGGCCGGGCGUUCAGUGCCCUUCUGCAGGGCCGCCGCGCUGAUCUGGAAAUGCAGCAGAAACAAGGCAAAGGGGAUCCACAGCAGCUGCAGUAUGAACAGCACUGCGCCUGGUUGUGGGCCAGAGAUCAGCUGACAGACAUCAUCAAAACUGCUACAAAGGACAGUCCUGUUGUACAGGGCAACUCCAUCUUGGCCCUGAGUGGGCUGGCUGCUGUCGUUGCUAAGUAUGAGAACAGCCUUCCCACCGACAGCAGUGGCAGCAUAGGGGCUGGCCCAGAGUUUGUGCCUACUGCCAGCUGGAUGUCCAUGGUCCUGGACACGCUGCUCAGCAUCAUCAGCAGCGGCUACAAAGCCAAGGGGCAGCUUUUUCCAUGGUUCCUGCACGUGAGUUUCAUGUCAGAACUUUUUUUUCUUUAGUUACAUUUAGGUUAGGUUUUUUUUAUUUUUGAGCAGU